AUGGCCGAGCUUGUUGGACUGGCUCUUGCCCUACCACCGACAAUUGACUUGUGUCUGAAAUAUGGAAGACAACUCAGGGCCCUGUGUGCGAACCUACGCCAAGCAGAUGCUCAAAUAUCAGAGCGUGUGAUCCGUCUCGACAACAACUGGAUGCUAUUUACCCACAAGCUCGACUUUCUGAAGCGCAUCCAACAUCUGAUAGAAGAUGACCAUCGCGAGAUUUGGGGCCAGACACUUCGGAUUCUUUUGAGUAAGCUAGAGAUUGUCACAGGUAUAAUCAAUCGACUUGUAAGGCCCCUGCCUGUGUUUCUCGAGAUCAACCACAGCCUUGAGGUUAAUGCACGUAGGGGCAAAUACAUCUUGAUAAAGAAGAGUCUAGACAAGGCCAUCGAGGAGCUGGAGACCUGGCAACAAACAACGGACCAAUCAUGGUUUCUUCUCAUGAGAAUCGCCGACUCACAGGUCGACCUCGCUCUCCAAACGCCUACCAAUCUUGACGCGAUCGACGACAAACCACACUCCAAUACAGCAACAGCCAUUCCGUCCACAGUCACCAUAAGAGCGAGUCGCAUGCAAGACAGCACAUACGGUAGUUCAUCAGAAGCGGGAUUGACCUUCGACGCAGCAGAGCUGUCCAAGAUGUUCAUUCAACAAGUAGCAUUCUCGCAGAUCUCAAUCGCGCAACGGUUGUACGGAAAUGGUCAGGUUGGGGUUUACAUUCUCAACCAAAUCACAUGCGAGCCGGUAGCCAAGUAUCAACUCAUCAAGAAGGACGCAAGAGACCUGGCCAGGAAGCUUCAGCACAACGACCCUCAUACAUUCGGCCUUCUCGCAUGCAAAGGAGUGGCCGUCCCAUUAUCAACACCGACAAAAGGCCGUCACGAUCGUACUACAACUCCAUCAAUGUUGACGAUGGUCUUCAGACAGCCAGUCCACACUACCGGGAUUCCCAACAGCCUUCGGUAUGUGCUAUCCCAUACAGCUCCUCCUCAAACCCUGUCACUACGAUUCGACUACGCAAAACAACUCGCCAGGUCCGUCAGCUACGUCCACACGUUCGGCUUCGUUCACAAAAACGUCCGCCCGGAAUCCAUACUGGUAUUCACCAGCACCAAAUCGGGCUUGCCUUCGCAGUCACUCUUUCUUGUGGGCUUCGAGAACUUUCGACGGGAGGAUGGCUCAACCCAGCGGCUUGGGGAUGACACUCUAGAGCGAAAUCUCUACCGGCAUUCUUCCCGCCAAGGAGCUUCGCCGAAUGAAGAUUACAUCAUGCAACACGAUAUUUACAGUCUCGGUGUUUGUCUCCUGGAGAUUGGCUUCUGGAAAUCGUUCAUACGAUACCAUCCCCAGACCGGCCAAGCACUGCCCACCGAGAUCCUGCCUGUGUCGCCACACCCGGACAUCAAACAGGUCAACCAUUUUCUACACACCCGAGGCAAGGAGUUCCUUCUACAUCUAGCGCGGAACGAGCUGCCUCAAUACAUGGGAACGAGGUAUGCCGAGAUUGUAGAGACAUGUCUGACCUGUCUUGACCCGGACAAUCAAGACUUUGGAGAUGAGCGGGAGUUCCAGGAUGAGGAUGGGAUCAGAGUGGGAGUAAGAUACAUCGAGAAGGUGGUCCUGCGGUUGAAUCAGCUGUGUGUAUGA